AACAAUUGUAGCCCAUUCUACAGACCAAUCUUCUUCACUUCCCCAACUUCCAUGGCCACUCUCCUACGCUAUAUUACCACCCCCGAUGUUGCAAUGUGGCUAGCUAUCUUGCUCCUUCUCUGUCAUGGCUCUUAUCUGAAAAAUGGCUGAACCUGAAACCAUGAACAUGGUGUUGGUUUUGUAAUUAAAAGCCAAGAAGAUAAUGUUCUUCUCUCUCAAACAGCAAGUUCAUUACAAGGCAAUGUUGUUGGCUUUACUUUUACUUUCGUUUACUCUCUCAUCUCGACCAGUUAUGUCUUUGGUUCCAAAUCAAUGCAAUGACCAAUGUGGCACCAUUCAAAUCCCAUUCCCAUUUCACUUAAACAUUUCAUGUCCUUCCAUUUCCACUGCUUUCCGUCUUUCUUGUUUAAAUUCCACCACCCUUUACCUUCAUAUUGGGUUCAAAACCUAUCGAGUCCUCGAUUUCUUCUCCGAUGGUGUACUUGUAGACUUCCCCGGAACCACCGGUUGCCGUCAAUACAACGACUUGAACGCUUUCGGGUUUACCAAAAACGAUCACUUUGGUAUCUCUGGUGACAACGUUUUAGGCCUAUACGAUUGUGAAGACUCUUCUUUAUGUAAAGCAGCUUGUGAAACAAAUGACUUGCCUGGUUGUGAUGGCAACAAUGGUGGUUCUCUUGGAUGCUGUUAUCCACUUUCUGAUCAUAGUAUUUGGCAUUUUGGUGAUGGGUUUUCGUUUUUUUCCAAGUUUGGAUGCAGAGGAUUCACAUCAUGGGUGGUUUCUCGAGGGACCAAUACUGGAAAACGUGGGGUUAAGUUGGAAUGGGCAAUCCCUAGGAACAUAUCUGAUAGAAUUUGUGCUAAUAAUGCAGAUAUGGUGAAUGCCACUACAAUUGAAGCUGGGGUUAGGUGCUUGUGCAAGGAUGGGUUUGUGGGUGAUGGAUUUGCAAAGGGUGCUGGCUGCAUCAAGGGUGAGUACUUAAAUCAUUUAUAUAUAAUGAACUUGCACCAUCUACAUUCAGCUCUAUCUUCAUCUUUUUAGUGAUCAUUAGCAUUUAGAGAACAUUUGUGAACUUAAGUUAUUGAUUCUGGUUUACUGGUUUGGUUGUAAAAUGCCCAAAGCUCGAUCUAUGAAUGCAUUUUCAUCUUAUCGAAGAUAAGCAUAUUAUACCCCUGAGCAUCUUCAUGUUGGCCCAUCGGGUUAUCCGAACUCAAGAUUGGUGUGGAUGACCCGAGAUUGGUGUCAAUUGAAGGCUUGAGCAGCUAUUCUACUGUGGAUUCAAUCCACAUGAGGUCCACGGUUUUGUAUAGGAUAAAUAUACAUUUUGAUACCAGAACUUGGUUUCAAGCUUCAAAUUGAUACUGAAUCUUUUUUGUCUAAUUAAUUAUCUAAACUUUUCUUGGUCCAAUUACGUACUUGAACUCGGCUUCAUAGUUUAAGUUGGUUCAAAUAACUAAGUACUAAUUUGGACCAAAAAAAACCAAGUUCAAGCACUAGAUUUGAACCAAGAAACCAAGUUCAAGUACUUGAUUAGACCAAGAAAAUCAAGUUCAAGUACUUAAUUGAACCCCCCCAAAAAAAAAUCUUAGGUACCAAUAUAAACCCUGAAACCAUUUUCAAGUACCAAAAUGUAUAUUUAUCCUUUCCUAUGAAGCAAAUUCUAAAUCCUGCAAGUUACUGAAAUUAAGCAUGGAAUAGUACAAAAAUAUUUUCAUUUUGGCUGAUCAAAUUAGGCUGAUUUGUAGCUAAAAUAAGAGCAUAUAACCAUUUAUGAAAUUCAAUGUCUUGUAUCUCCCUUUUAACAGCCUGCAUCAAGGAGGGACAAGAAGCAUAUGGGAAAGAAUGUGAC